AUGACCCCUGAGCAUGCUACAAAGAUUUGGCUGCCGAAUCAGCGACAAUGCAAGAUCCUCCGCAUCUCUGGCUACGCUUCGCAGAUCCUGGUUAUGUGCCCUCUAUCUCUCGCAUGCGGCAAAGCCUACGACGAGGGCCACAUAGAUAGAUAUAAGAUAUUAACGGCCGUCGUCUACUGGGUAUUCGGCUUCUGUAGUGUCAUUGUGGGCGUUGGCUUUCUGCUGUUCGCACAUCAAAUGGUACGCAUUGCAUCGGAAACAUUGAAGGAAUCAAAGGAAACGGGGCUGUUGCGCACAACUCAGCUUCGACGCACACAAGCCGAUAUGCAAAAAAGCAUUACCAAGAUGAAAGCAAUCCAUUUAACUCUCGGGCCAACUCUCCUAUGGUACGCCGUGGUACUUGCCAUAUUUGGGUUCCUUCAAGACGAGGUUUUCGCGUUGACCUGGUGGUCCAAGAUUCAAGCCAUCGGCUCCGAAGUCCUCGGAACUGUCGCGCUUCUCUGUAAUUUCUGCUUCAUCGCGUGGGCGGAAUCGAAACCUGCCAAGCAGGUCGACGUGACGAGUAUGGGAGCGACCUUGGCUUCGGGCACAGGACAGUUGGAGACAGACGACAUUCAGAUGAAUGGAACUGAUUCUGAGUGCCCCCACAUUGCUAAAUGA